CACGCACGCACCGACACGAGCGGACGUUCCGCCGAGCAGUCGUACGGUGGUGUAGGGUCGGUGGUCGGGACGGUGGUGGGUUGACGGCGAACGAGAAACGAGGGCGGCCUACGAGCGAUAUUUCCCUGCGUGUCUGAUGAGCUCCUCCGCCGCGCCGCUGCUGGUGGUAAGAUGGCUGUGCAGCUGGACGGAGGAGGGAAGGAGGACCUGAAAACACAAUUCGUCACGCGGGAGGGCACCUACAAGCUGAUGACCCUGUCGGAGUACUCGAGACCGAACCGAGUCGGCUACACCAACAGCCAGGGCAGCGCGUCCGUCAGGGUGUCCUUCGUCACGCUGCCGGACCCAGCGGAUCCCACGGGCGCGCAAGGCCUCGGCGACCGAAUGUGCUUCAAUUUCGGCAAAGAGCUCUACGUCUACGUCUACCGCGGCGUCAAGAAGGCUGUAGAUUUGAACAAACCGGUGGACAAAAAGUUAUAUAAAGGAACUAAUCCGACCUGCCACAAUUUUAAUCAAACGACAGCGACGGCUGAUAGUGCUCCAUUGUUGGUGGGAUUUUCCACAGGGCAGAUACAGUUGAUCGAUCCAAUAAAAAAAGACAGUUCUCAACUCAGCAAACUGUAUAAUGAAGACAGGCUGAUAGACAAGAGCAAGGUGACAUGUAUAAAGUGGGUUCCUGGCUCCAACAAUCUAUUCCUGGUCUCUCACAGCUCCGGUCAGCUGUAUCUUUAUAAUGAAGAGUUGCUCUGCGGCACCACUGCGCCGCACUAUCAGUCAUUCAAGUCGGGUGACGGAUACGCUAUAUAUACCUGCAAAACCAAGUCCACCAGGAAUCCGCUAUAUCGAUGGGUGAUAGGCGCGGAGGGUUGUUGUAUAAAUGAAUUCGCCUUUAGUCCGUGUGGCACAAACUUAGCCGUGGUAUCCCAGGAUGGAUUCCUACGUGUUUUUCAAUACAAUACUAUGGAGCUGGUCGGAUCGGCAAGAAGCUAUUUUGGCGGUUUUCUGUGCGUGUGCUGGUCGCCGGACGGACGUUAUGUGGUGGUAGGCGGCGAAGAUGAUCUGGUGACUAUCUGGAGCUUCCAUGAGAAGCGAGUCGUGGCACGGGGGCAAGGUCAUCAUAGUUGGGUGAGCGUGGUUGCAUUCGAUCCGUACACGACGUCUUAUGGCGAUCACGAUCCGGACUUUAGCGGUUCGGAUGAUGAGACAACGAUGCCGCACAACAAUCACAAUCACUUCCACGAGAAGUCGCACCGUCUGUCCACAACUUCGCAGAGUGGUGGCGGCGGCGGCGGCGGCGGCGGCGGCGGCGGCGGCGGCGGCGGCGGCGUUCAUUCGAAUCGUAACUCUUGUGGCUCUGAAUUAAGAAUGUCGGGCGGAACGUGCUAUAGGUUAGGCAGUGUAUCCCAGGACACCCAAUUGUGCCUAUGGGACAUCACGGAAGAUGUACUGAGGCAACCGGUGUGCGCCAAACAGAGACCUUCUGCGGCGUGCAGCACCAGUGGAGGUACCUUGUCAUCCUCGGGCACGUUCAGUAGUGGCAAUGGCGCGGCAACGACGGCGAAUCAUCAUUCAAAUUCGAACGCAAAACACAAUAACUCAAAUAACAUAAACUUCAAGGAGAACGCGAGUGGUAAUAAUGAGACUAGCAACAAUAGCAGUAGCACGAAUGCCGCGGUGGCGACUGUGAAUUCACUGACGCAGAGGCUAGCGGGUCUUGGCUUCGGCGAACGUAAAGGUGAUAAUCACAAGAGAAACUUUAGUCUCACUAUGCGAGGAGGUGGCACCGGUGUGACAGCAAUGACGGCCAACAAUAGCACGAUGACGGUCGUGCAGAACAAUGGUAGCGACAAGACGAGCACCGGCAAUUCGACAAACACGACGAGUAGUAGUUUGAACAACAGUGUCGUUGGGGGUUUAGUAGGUGGGACGGGAAGUAAAAAGAUUAGUUCCGUGAUGGACGAUCCUAUGAGGUUGAUAGGAACCGCCUGGUGUCCCAGGUUCGACGAGUGCCCGGUCCUCGAGCCGCUGGUGUGCAAGAAGCUGGCGCACGAGAGACUGACUGAAUUAGUGUUUAGGGAAGAUUGCUUCGUGACGGCGUGUCAGGACGGAUACGUGUACACGUGGGCGAGGCCCGGCCACAUGUGCAACGACGGCCAAGUUCUCAAACACGCCGUGACCAUCAAUCUAUCGCCCAACGAUGAAAUGACGAUUACUCCGGUGGCACCAUGUUACAUGAAAUCUGCUGGAUGCGCACGAUGGCGAUCUCUUGAAUUAGGAAGCAGUGUACCGAUAAAGCCAGGCGACGUCUGUUCUCUGUUACCUGACAAAUGCUGGUUCAAGAUCAUCUCAGUGCCAGAUAUGAUGCAGGAAAGUGAUCAGAUAUUAAAGAGAAAGGCUGAUCAGGAAGAGCUAAAUAAUAAAGCAGAUUUAAGUAAGAAAGCAUGCUUAUUGUCUAACAUGGAGGUUGUAUCUCCCAGUGAAACUUUGAAUGGUAUUCUUCAUGAGAAGGAUCCAUCGAACGAAUCUAAGAAUUCUCAUAUUCAAGGAAAUGGAGAACAUGGAGACAAAGAUGCAACUGCCCCAGUGUUGCAGGAAAUCUAUUCCGCAAGUUCUCCGGAGGGAAGUAAUAUGCCUGCAUCGUGUUCCCAGAUGUCAAUAGAUUCACAGGACAUAAUCGAAUCUCCCAUUGAGCAUGAAACUAAUAGGAAGCGCAAAGCAAACAACAAUGUAACAAGCGAAGUCGCCACUAAUGUCGAACCUGGCAAGAGAAUCAAAUGGGAUUGCGAUACGCACUUCAGUGAUCAGAUCGAAGCAGCUUCAUCAAAUAAUCCUCGAUCGCCUGUCGCCACAUCUCCAAAUCUAGCGAGUGCAUCGAAUCCUGAUAGAGUCCCUAGAGAAAAGUGCAUGUACGGCGUUCGAUGUUACCGAAAGAAUCCCAAUCACAAGAACAACUACAGUCAUCCGGAUGAUUCCGAUUACGACGAAAUUGACGAUCGGCAGGAAUGUCCGUAUGGUGUAAAAUGUUAUCGUAAAAAUCCGCAGCACAAGGCGCAGUUUAAGCACACAAUCACGCCACGUCGUCGUCGAAGAGCCGCCACUCCUGUACAUUCUGUGAUUAUUGACAAUACGUCCGAAACGGAUGCAUCAUCCGCGGAGGAAUCCGUGGAUGAGUCUGAUUAUGAGCCGUCCGUUUGUACGGACAGUUCAGACGAUUGGGACGACAGGAGCGAGUUAGAAGACGGUACAACUGGUUAAUAAUGGACAUUAUUGAUCUUGUCAUACCACCACUUUCGAUAGCGUCCAAAUUACAGAUGUAGAUCUAUUUUAUUAUGGAAUAUUUAUUUUUGUACUCGGAUUUAAAAUGUUAUACCUGCGUAUUUCUAUAUUUGUUUUACUUGAAGAAAGAUAUAUUAAAAUGUUAAUAUCACAACACACCGCAUCCAU